UAUCGGACUACUGGUUUGAUUGAAUACCACAGGAGGACUCUGUUUGAGCAUGCGCAUUACCCUGUCAGCAUGGAAGAGGAAGUUUAGUUCCAGAAACACCUGAGCAGAACAUGUCUCCUAUUCAAACCGCUACGGAGUGUUGACAGUGAAAGGUGAAAGUGAAAACCAGAGUUCAAUGGCAAUGAUCUCAGCUACUGAUCUGGAGCAGCUGGCUGAAAUAGAGCUGCAGAAGGAGGAAGAUGAGGAACAGGGUCGUCACAGCUACCGUCCGGAUCGCCCUCCACCCCCACGUAGAGUCAGCUUCAGCCAGGACACCUCUCACCCCUACUACGAUGUGGCUCGACACGGGAUCCUCCAGGUCACAGGUGAUGAUAACUACGGCAGGAAGCUAGUUAUCUUCAGUAGCUGCCUGAUGCCCCCCUCCCAUCAGCUCAACCACCACCACCUACUGCAGUAUCUGAUGUACACUCUGGACCAGUACGUAGAGAGUGAUUAUACGGUAGUGUACUUCCACCAUGGUCUCCGCAGCAACAACAAGCCCUCACUACACUGGCUACGAAACGCAUACAGAGAAUUUGACAGGAAGUACAAGAAGAACCUGAAAGCCCUCUAUGUCGUCCAUCCUACUAACUUUAUCAGAAUCAUCUGGAAUAUAUUCCAACCACUCAUCAGUCACAAGUUUGGUAAGAAGCUGACCUAUGUGAACUACCUGGCUGAGCUCAGAGAUCACCUGAGCUGGGAUCAGCUCAUCAUCCCACCUGAUGUCCUCAGGCAUGACGAGAGGCUGCAGGCGGCCCAGAAGGGGAGGUCCGCACCCCUCAUCUAAGACUCCUCCCCCAGACCUCCCCUGCCCACUCAGCAGUUUGGAGUCAGCCUGCAAUAUAUUGGUGAGAAGAACCAGGGUGUUAUGAUCCCUCCUGUGAUGUCCCAGACUGUGUCUUAUCUCAAAGACAAAGGCCUCCAGACAGAAGGUAUGUUCAGGAGGUCCGCUCGUGUUCAGCUCAUCAAGGACGUCCAGAAGCUCUACAACCAGGGGAAGCCAGUGGUGUUUGAGCAGUAUGGAGACAUCCAUGUGCCUGCUGUCAUCCUGAAGACCUUCCUCAGAGAGCUUCCUGAACCCCUGCUCACCUUCGCCCUCUACCACCAGAUACAGGACAUCGUCCGAGUGGAGAGCAGCCUACGAGUGACCACCUGUAAACACAUCCUAGAGAGUCUACCAGAACACAACUACAUGGUGUUGAAGUACCUGCUCUGUUUCCUGAACAUGGUCUCUCAGCAGAGUAUCGUCAACAAGAUGUCUCCCUCCAACCUGGCUUGUGUGUUUGGUGUCAAUCUGUCCUGGCCUUCUCCAGGGUUCUGUCUCUGUUUGACAUCUCUAACGCCGCUCAACAUCUUCACUGAGAUCCUUACUGAACAUUAUCAUACAGUCUUCAGCUCCCGCUGCCCACAAGCAGAGGACUGCCCGACACCAGCCCUGAUACCUGCCCUGAUACCUGCCCUGGUACCAGCCCUGGUACCAGCCCUGGUACCUGCCCCGAUACCAGCCCCGAUACCUGCUCCUGAUACCUGCCCUGAUACCCGCCCUGAUACCAGCCCCGAUACCUGCCCUGAUAUCUGCCCGAUACCAGCCCUGAUACUGCUCUGA